UUUAAGUAUUAAUCGAUGGAAAAAAAAAAAAAAGAAGUGUAGAACGGGAAAUGCAUCAUCAAUCGAUUGACGAUUGACACAACACAAGAUAUACACAAGAAAAAAAAGACACAACGCAAGCUAGAACGAAACGUUGCUUUUGAUCCGUCUUCCCUCUUUGCAUGUUCAGAUUUCUAAAUUCCCUUUACGCUUAAGCAGAUCUGAAUCUUCUUUUACUCCAAAAAACCGUUACAACUUCGCGGGAACAUAACAAGUCGCUACCUGAUCAUCAAUCACAGCCGUCAAUCUUAAAGGGCUAGUUCAGAGAAAAAUCGAAGAUGGUGCUGGUGUCAGCCGUACGGGAUUAUGUUAAUCGGAUGUUUCAAGACAUUUCCGGCAUGAAAGUCCUCAUUCUUGAUUCUCAAACGGUUAGCAUUGUGAGUGUUGUUUAUUCUCAGUCCGAGCUACUUCAGAAAGAAGUAUUUUUGGUAGAAUUGAUAGACUCCAUUUCCAAGUCAAAAGAAUCUAUGUCACAUCUCAAGGCAGUUUAUUUCCUUCGGCCUACAUCAGAAAAUAUUCAAUAUAUGCGGUCACAGCUAUCCAAUCCUAGGUUUGGAGAGUACCAUUUGUUUUUCUCAAACAUGUUGAAGGAUACCCAGAUUCACCUUUUAGCUGAUUCAGAUGAGCAGGAAGUUGUCCAGCAAGUCCAGGAGUUUUAUGCAGACUUCAUUGCAGUUGAUCCUUGCCACUUCACUUUAAACAUGCCCUCAAAUCACCAUUAUAUGCUUCCAGCAGUUGUGGAUCCUACUAGUUUGCAGCACUUCUGUGACCGAGCUGUUGAUAGUAUUGGUGCAGUUUUCUUGGCAUUAAAACGAAGACCAAUUAUUAGAUAUUCAAGGACCUCUGAUAUUGCAAAAAGGAUUGCACAUGAAACAGCGAAACUAAUGUACCAGCAAGAAAGUGGUCUUUUUGACUUCAGACGGACGGAAAUGUCUCCAUUGUUGCUGAUAGUUGACAGAAGGGAUGAUCCUGUGACUCCAUUGCUGAAUCAAUGGACCUAUCAGGCAAUGGUUCACGAAUUGAUAGAUGUUCAAGAUAACAAAGUGGAUUUGAGAAGCAUUGGCAAAUUUCCCAAAGAUCAACAGGAAGUAGUGCUCUCAUCAGAACAAGAUGCUUUCUUCAAAGCUAACAUGUAUGAAAACUUUGGAGAUAUCGGAAUAAAUAUCAAGCAAAUGGUGGAUAAUUUUCAGCAAGUUGCUGAAAGCAACCAAAAUAUUCAGACAAUAGAAGACAUGGCCAAAUUUGUAGACAAUUAUCCUGAGUACAGGAAAAUGCAUGGAAAUGUUUCAAAGCAUGUGACAUUGGUAACAGAAAUGAGCAAGAUAGUUGAAGAAAGAAAGCUUAUGUUGGUUUCAGAAACUGAGCAGGAGCUGGCUUGCAAUGGGGGCCAAGUUUCUGCUUUUGAGGCGGUCACAAAUCUUUUAAACAAUGAAAGCAUAUCUGAUAUUGACCAACUACGCCUAGUAAUGCUGUAUGCUUUGCGCUAUGAGAAGGAGAGCCCUGUCCAAUUGAUGCAGCUAUUCAACAAAUUGGCAUCUCGGUCUGCCAAGUACAAGCCUGGGCUUGUCCAGUUUCUCCUAAAGCAAGCAGGGGUUGAUAAACGCACUGGUGAUCUCUACGGAAAUCGUGAUCUUCUAAAUAUUGCUCGUAACAUGGCUCGUGGACUAAAGGGGGUUGAGAAUGUCUACACCCAGCACCAGCCUCUGCUUUUCCACACUAUGGAAAGCAUAACCAAAGGACGGUUGAGAGAUGUUGACUACCCAUAUGUUGGAAAUCAUUUUCAGCAGGGCAGGCCGCAGGAGGUAGUUAUAUUCAUUGUUGGUGGAACAACUUAUGAGGAGUCACGGUCUGUUGCUCAGCAAAACGCUAGCAAUUUGGGAAUUCGUUUUAUACUUGGUGGGACAGCAGUUCUCAACUCUAAGAGGUUUCUAAGGGACUUAGAAGAAGCUCAGAGGAUAGCUCGAAUCAGCACUAGUGUUGUAUAAGUUCAAAUUCAGGCGUAUGCGGCUUGAAAACCAUGUAAAUAUGCAUUUAUUGGUUCAUAAAAGGAUUUUCGGUUUAGAUGAUUGGAAGGGAAACGGUUUUGCCUGGAAUUGCAACGGCAUUAUGACAAGGAGACCAUGAAAAUCAGGUCAUUGUUGUCAUAGACUCAGAUGAGAUGGUUUGACGUUCACCAUUUUGCCCAAUGCAGAAGGAAAAUGGCUAAAAGACGUUGAAUUCUUAUGGGGGGAAUUUUGGUCUUGCAUCGCCCGUUUCUUCUAUGUUUGUACCCUCACCAACGAAUAGAUAAAAUUUUGCAAUUUUGUAUACGGAAAAUUUUGCUUUACUUUUUUCUUUUUUUAAUUGUGUACCGCAUUGAUGUAUUCAGCCUUCAACCCUGUAUUUUUAUUAUCAUAUGAUUCUAAAAAAAAAAAAAGUAACUUUGGAGUCUCCUUUUUGUCCUAUAUUUUUCACAUUUGGGGCUUAAAGAUUAGUUGCCGCAACACUUGACACACGAUAAAU